AUGGGCAUCAUCUUCAACGCUGUCAUGUUCGUGUCGCUCGGCCAGCAAGCUCAGAUCCCAAUGUUUAUGGCGGCCCGCGAGGUGUUCUACAAGCAGCGUCGUGCCAACUUCUUCCGUACCGCAUCGUUCGUGUUGUCGAAUUCAGUGAGUCAAGUUCCGGUGGCUGCGAUCGAGAGUCUGGUCUUCGGGUCGAUCAUCUACUGGAUGUGCGGUUACGUCUCCACCAUUAGCGCGUAUCUCAUCUUCGAGCUGAUGCUGUUCGUCACAAACCUCGCCUUCACGGCCUGGUUCUUCUUCCUGUCGUGUGAGUCACCUGACCUGAACGUGGCCAACCCGAUCUCCAUGGUUUCGGUCUUACUGUUCGUCCUCUUUGCCGGGUUCACGAUCACGAAAGACCAGAUUCCGGACUAUUUCAUUUGGUUGUAUUGGCUCAACCCGAUGUCCUGGGACGUUCGCGCGCUUGCUGUGAACCAGUACUCCGACUCCAAGUUCGACACGUGCGUGUUUGACGGUGUCGACUACUGCGCCACAUUCAACAUGACCAUGGGUGAGUACUCGCUCAGCACGUUCGAGGUGCCGACCGAGAAGUUCUGGCUCUGGUACGGCAUCGUGUUCAUGGCUGCCGCGUACGUCUUCUUCAUGUUCCUCUCGUACAUCGCGCUGGAGUUCCACCGCUACGAGAGCCCCGAAAACGUGACGCUGGACUCGGAGAACAAGGGCGAUGCGUCCGAUAGCUACGGCUUGAUGGCCACCCCUCGUGGCUCGUCGACCGAGCCCGAGGCUGUACUGAACGUUGCCGCCGACAGCGAGAAGCACUUCAUCCCGGUCACCGUCGCCUUCAAGGACCUGUGGUACUCCGUGCCGGACCCGGCCAACCCCAAGGACACCAUCGACCUGCUCAAGGGCAUCAGCGGAUACGCGCUGCCCGGCACCAUCACGGCGCUCAUGGGGUCCUCGGGCGCAGGCAAGACCACGCUCAUGGACGUCAUCGCCGGCCGCAAGACGGGAGGCAAGAUCCGCGGCCAGAUCCUGCUCAACGGCCACCCGGCCACCGACCUGGCCAUCCGCCGGUCCACGGGCUACUGCGAGCAGAUGGACAUCCACUCGGAGUCGUCGACGAUCCGCGAGGCGCUCACGUUCAGCGCGUUCCUGCGCCAGGGCGCCGACGUGCCCGACAGCUACAAGUACGACUCGGUGAACGAGUGCCUGGACCUGCUGGACCUGCACCCGAUCGCCGACCAGAUCAUCCGCGGCAGCUCCGUGGAGCAGAUGAAGCGCCUGACCAUCGGCGUGGAGCUGGCGGCGCAGCCCAGCGUGCUGUUCCUGGACGAGCCCACGAGCGGCCUGGACGCGCGCAGUGCCAAGCUCAUCAUGGACGGCGUGCGCAAGGUGGCCAACACGGGCCGCACCGUCGUGUGCACGAUCCACCAGCCGUCCUCGGAGGUGUUCAGCGUGUUCGACAGCCUGCUGCUGCUCAAACGCGGCGGCGAGACGGUGUUCGCCGGCGAGCUGGGCAAGAACGCGAGCGAGAUGAUCGCGUACUUCGAGUCCAUCGACGGCGUGGCCAAGCUCGAGGACAACUACAACCCGGCGACGUGGAUGCUGGAGGUGAUCGGCGCCGGCGUGGGCAACAGCAACGGCGACAAGACGGACUUCGUCCAGAUCUUCCAGCAGAGCAAGCACUUCCAGUUCCUGCAGUCAAACUUGGACCGCGAGGGUGUGUCUCGGCCGUCGCCGUCGCUUCCAGCACUGGAGUACAGCGACAAGCGUGCCGCGACGGAGCUGACCCAGAUGAAGUUCUUGAUGCAGCGCUUCUUCAACAUGUACUGGCGUACGGCGUCGUACAACUUGACGCGCUUCGCCCUUGCUCUGGUUCUUGGUGUCCACAUCGGCGUCACCUACGUCAGCGCUGAGUACUCGUCGUACUCGGGCAUCAACUCGGGCAUGGGUAUGCUCUUCUGCACGACCGGAUUCGUCGGCUUCAUCGCGUUCACAAGUGUGAUGCCCAUUGCGUCGGAGGACCGCCUGGCAUUCUACAGGGAGCGCGCUAGCCAGACCUAUAAUGCGCUCUGGUACUUCGUGGGCUCCACCGUCGUCGAGAUCCCGUACGUCUUCUUCAGCACGCUGCUCUUCAUGGCGCCGUACUACCCGAUGGUGGGAUUCACGGGUGUCAAGAGCUUCCUCGCGUACUGGCUGCACCUGUCCCUGCACGUGCUGUGGCAGGCGUACUUCGGCCAGCUCAUGUCGUACUUGAUGCCGACGGUGGAGGUGGCGCAGGUGUUCGGCAUCUUGCUGUCGUCCAUCUUCUUCCUGUUCAACGGCUUCAACCCGCCGGGCAGCUCCAUCCCCCAGGGCUACAAGUGGCUCUACCACGUGUCGCCGCAGAAGUACUCGCUGGCGCUGGUCUCGGCCAUCGCGUUCGGCGACUGCCCGAGCGACGGCGACGGGUCCGAGAUCGGGUGCCAGGUCAUGACGGGGGUGCCGCCCUCGCUGCCCGAGAACCUGACGGUCAAGGACUACCUGGAGGACGUCUUCCUCAUGAAGCACAGCGAGAUCUGGAAGAACUUCGCCUUCGUCUUGGGCUUCAUCGUGGUCACGCGCCUGCUCGCGCUGGUCGCCCUGCGCUUCGUCAACCACCAGAAGAAGUAG